CCUCGAUGUCCCGCGUGCAGGGGAGUUUCGUUAGGACGAGUAACGGAGAUAUCCCCCGCAGCCGCGUGACCUCCUCCCCGUCUUCAGUUUCCUACUUCACUGAAAAGUAGGAGAGCGGAUCGCGACGCCAAGCGGGCUCUGAAGAAAAGGUGCUUCAGUAUUCUUCCUGUUACCCACUUCUGUCAGUGUUCUUUAAAAAAAAAAAAAAAAGCCUCGCCUGUUAAGUGGAAAUGAUUCCCAUGGAGUGCCGUAGACACAUAAUCAGCCUGUGUGGGAGCUGUACGUGUUGCCAGUAUGUCUGAAGUUGAAAAGGCUGUAGAUGCAUUCUCUGAAAUGAACCUUGGUGAUGCACGUAAACUGCUUGGUGAGGACAAGGAAGCCGAUCCGAAUGCAAGCUGUAAAGAUAUUGUGGUCACUAUUGGAGCUACUGUACCAACUGGCUUUGAGCUGACUGCUGCAGAUGAAGUGCAAGAGAAACUAGGGUCACAGUCUAGAAUUAGCAAGGAUCGAGGAAAAAUCUAUUUUGAAAUUCCUGUAAUCAGUCUUCCACAGGUACACCAGUUAAGAUCAGUGGACAAUUUAUUUGUUGUAGUUCAGGAGUUCAAAGAUUAUCAGUUCAAAGAAACGAAGGAAGAAGCUCUAAAGGAUUUAGAAGAUCUGGCUAAGAAACUGCCUUGGAGUGACCCUUUGCAAGUAUGGAAACUAAAUACAAGCCUUAAGAAAAAGAAAACGAGACAGAAAAAAGGCAAUCAACAGAGUAAUACAAAGAAACAGAAACUGGAGGGUGACGUGAAAGGAGAGCGAACUGUGAAAGGGUUCCAUGAGCCUCUGGAAAAUAUUUCAGGCAUGGUGUCUGCUGAAAUUCAGGAUCCACAAAAAGCUGAUGAAAUGGUACCACCAAACGAAGAUGAACAGUCUGAUUUUAAAGAAGAGGGAGCAUCCAAUGAUGAAAACGCAUCUGGUGACUGCAAGAAGAGUGAUAUGGAAGGUCAGGUGCUAAAGUUCCGGGUGACAUGUAACAGAGCUGGUGGUAAUCACAGCUUUACAUCAAAUGAGGCAGCAAGGGAUUUUGGAGGAGCUGUGCAAGAUUUUUUCCAGUGGAAAGCAGACAUGACCAAUUUUGAUGUGGAGGUUCUUCUGAACAUUCACAAUAAUGAAGUCGUAGUGGGGAUUGCCUUAACAGAGGAGAGUCUUCACAGAAGAAAUAUUACACAUUUUGGUCCCACAACCCUUCGAUCUACUCUAGCAUAUGGUAUGCUCAGGCUUUGUGAUCCUCAGCCAGCUGAUAUAAUAAUUGAUCCAAUGUGUGGAACAGGUGCCAUACCAAUAGAGGGGGCUGCUGAAUGGCCUAAUUGCUUUCACAUUGCUGGGGAUAACAAUCCACAGGCUGUGAAGAGAACAGCAAAUAAUAUCUCCUCUUUGCUGAAGCAAAUUCAAAGCAAAGAAAGCUCAUCUGUUAGCAAACCCAUAGAUAAUAUACAGUGGGAUAUCUGCAGUCUACCAUUAAGAACUGGUUCUGUGGAUGUCAUUGUGACAGAUAUGCCAUUUGGAAAGAGAAUCGGGUCUAAGAAAAAGAAUUGGGAUCUCUAUCCAGCCUGCCUUAUGGAGAUGGGUCGGAUCUGCAGGCCACGGACUGGCCGAGCUGUGCUGCUGACGCAAGAUAGGAAAUGUUUUGCCAAGGCCUUGUCCAAAAUGGGACACAUAUGGCGAAAGUCUCACACGAUUUGGGUGAAUGUUGGGGGACUCCAUGCUGCUGUGUAUCUCCUGAAACGCCUUGAAGAAAAAAAUGAAGAGACCAAAUCAAAGUGGUAACUUCCUACACCCUUCUGGGUCUCUGAAGGCUCUUUGCAACAUGUCUGCCUGAAGUCAUUCCAUCUUAAACCCUUGAAUGGGCAGAAGAUACAAGUCAGCAAGCAAGCACAGUGAUGCAAGGAUCCAUUGGGAUGGGAUGGAGGGGAAAGGUUGUACUCAGAAGUUCUUAAGGGAGCUUUAUGCGUUAAGUAGAAAAAUGAAACUAGUAAUCCCUUUCUUUGCCUGUAAGUCAUACUCAUGUUUCAGCAUGAGUGCAAAUGUAAGCUUGUUUUCAUUGUGACAGGGAAGUUAACUAUUCUGAGAAAAAGCAAGGGUGGCUGUAUUCCCUCCUACCCCCCAGAUUGCAGAAGACCUAAUUUUUCUGCAGGUAUUGUUUCAAAUUCCUGAAGACUGUUUCCUUAAGUAAUAGCCAGCUGGGGAUAUCUUUUAGGUACACAGGGGUUGCUUGAAUGAAAACAUUUUGCCAAUUGAGAAAACUCUGGUUUUUUUUACAUUGCAGUAAUGGGCAACAGGGCAACAUUGCGCUGUUCAUGGUGGAAUCUCUGGUAGAGGCUAGAAGCUCAGUAGUGCCACCUAUGUUCCUACCUGCUACCUCAAAUAAGUCCCUGUUUAUUUUAUGUUUACUUUUUUUGUGCCAUGUAUAUUGCUACUGUUCAUAGGGCUGAGUAUAUGUUCUGUCAGCCUUAGUGUCUGUAGUCACUGUUCUGAUUAACAAUAAGACUUGAAAAAAAUACUGUAGCUAUUUUCACAUUUGCUGGUUUUGCUUUUGGACACAGGAUAGAAUUAGACUGGAAUGUUUAUAGUCUGUUGAAUUUAAGUUUAAAAAGACAAGCAGAUAGCUGUGCCAUCUGCUUACAUAAAACAGACUGACCAGUUAGACAGCAGGAACCUGCGUGGCUCUUGGGCACAAAACUUAUGAACAAGAUCUAUGCAAGGUCACAGCAGUUACCAAGUAGAAUCGUGUCCAUAGUUUAAUACAUGUAUUGUAACUGAUUUGUCAAAUUUGGGAGCCUUUUCCCACCAGCCUGAAAAGAACAGCUAAAACACUAAUGGAAGGGUUUUAAAGAAUAUGGUGGAUGCACUGCCCUUCAGUUUCAAAAAUUUGUUAGGAUCUUUCAGUCCAUAUAUAAUGGGGAAAAGUUUACUAGGUUUGGGAUUUGUUGAAGCUUUCCUUUAAGGCAUUCAGGAGUUGUGUGAUCACUUGUGGGCUACCAUGUGGACCUGAAAGGCUACUGAAUGAGGUUUUUCUUAAAGAGAGCAAGCACACCAGCACUCUUCGAGUUGAUAGAAAGAUGGUAUUGCCCCUCAACAACUUUGUAAAGCACUUUUGCCAUCCCAA